UCAUCAUAAUGAAGAGAGAUGCCCAGAGAAAACGAGUACCCAGAAGUCAUGCCGGCGUCAACUGAUGCUAUUUUGAGGUCUCGCUUCUAAUUAGGGUUUGGAAGCACUUGCAGUUGAAGCAAGAGCUUUUGGUUCAGUAAGCACGUCUUGAUGAACGCUAGAGGAAGUUAUCCUUCGGGCAUUGGCAAUGGCCGAGGAGGCAGCGCUGAGCCGAGUGCUAACGUUUACCCACGAGGAUCUCGGAUUCACAAUCAGUACGUCGAGAGAAAUCCCACACAGAGUCAGCAGAAUCAACAGUUCCAGCAACAGCAGCAGCAGCAGCAAUGGUUGAGGAGGAAUCAGAUGGAAAGACGUUCUGGUUCUAGCGAGUUGGUGAAAUCUGUUUCCUCUGAUGCCAUUGAUUCCAGUUCACAAGAUUGGAAAGCACAAUUAAGAAUACCUACUGCAGACACACGUUACAAGACAGAGGAUGUAACUGCAACAAAAGGAAAUGAUUUUGAAGAUUACUUUCUGAAGAGGGAAUUGCUUAUGGGUAUAUAUGAGAAAGGAUUUGAAAGUCCUUCACCUAUUCAAGAAGAAAGCAUCCCUAUUGCUCUUACCGGAAGGGACAUUCUUGCUAGAGCCAAAAAUGGGACCGGAAAAACUGCUGCUUUCUGCAUUCCAGCAUUAGAAAAAAUUGAUCAGGAAAAGAAUGUUAUCCAAGUUAUCAUACUCGUUCCAACCCGUGAAUUGGCUCUACAGACAUCUCAAGUUUGUAAGGAGCUGUCAAAGCACUUGAAGGUUCAGGUUAUGGUAACAACUGGAGGAACGAGCUUAAAAGAUGACAUCAUGCGUCUGUAUCAACCCGUCCACUUAAUUUCUGGAACACCUGGUCGAAUCCUAGAUCUUGCGAAGAAGGGUGUUUGUAAUUUAAAGGAUUGUUCGAUGCUCAUUAUGGACGAGGCAGAUAAGCUUCUUUCUCCAGAAUUCCAGCCCUCAAUUGAACAGCUAAUGCGUUUUCUUCCUGAAAAUAGACAAAUAUUACUUUUUUCAGCAACAUUUCCUUUAUCAGUCAAGGAUUUCAAAGACAGAUUUUUGCGAAAACCUUACAUAAUUAAUCUUAUGGAUGAGCUCACUCUCAAGGGAAUAACACAGUAUUAUGCUUUUGUAGAAGAAAGGCAGAAAGUCCACUGCUUGAAUACUCUUUUCUCAAAGCUCCAAAUCAACCAGUCUAUUAUAUUUUGUAACUCUGUUAACCGUGUAGAAUUAUUGGCUAAGAAAAUUACUGAGCUUGGUUAUUCGUGUUUCUACAUCCAUGCUAAAAUGUUGCAAGACCAUCGGAACCGAGUUUUCCAUGACUUCCGCAACGGUGCAUGCAGAAAUCUUGUUUGUACAGAUCUAUUCACGAGGGGGAUUGACAUUCAGGCCGUUAAUGUGGUCAUCAACUUUGAUUUUCCUAAGAACUCAGAAACAUACUUGCAUAGGGUUGGUCGCUCAGGGAGGUUUGGCCACCUUGGCUUAGCAGUCAGUUUGAUCACCUAUGAAGACCGUUUCAACCUUUAUAGGAUUGAACAAGAGCUUGGGACUGAAAUAAAGCAGAUUCCCCCCCAAAUAGAUCAAGCUAUUUACUGCAGUUGAUGGGAUGUGGAUUGUACAUACUCGAGUUCCUUUGGUGAAACAUGUUCUUGUAAAUACUGGUUUAUGGUAAGCAUCUUAAUUUUGUUUGUUGUCAACUUUCUUUACCAAGUUCUUUCCUUAAAAAGGAAUUUAGACUUUCAUUAAAUUACACUUUCCGCAUCGUCGCUGUCGGAUAUUCCUUUUCCGCAAUGUUAAGCUUGAAUGAUUUGUCGUCUUAGUUGGGAUGCAUGAUGUGGUAAUAGAUGAGUGCCAAUCGAUCUGAAACUUGAGCUUAUGAUUAAGGGAUAUUAGUUCUACUCUUCAUUUUUAAAUUACAUGUGGGUUUGA